CGACGGCCCCGGCCACCCAGUCACUCGUCUGAGCUCGACUUUGGCAGGCUGACGAGAGCGAGCUGAGCGUCGCCAGGAUGGGCAAGAAGAGCAAGACGGCACUCAGAUCGAGCUCGGCGCCGGAGAGCUCCUCCGGUCCUGCAGUGACCACGUCGUCAAGCAGCAAGCCAAAGCUCGACACCGAUCUGCCCAAAGCGUCCGAAGUAUCUCCCGACAUUGCGUCUCCUGAGGAGCAACCCGUCGUCAAAGUCAACACAUCCUCGUUGAACGAGCUCAAGUUCGCUCUCGAUGAUGCCGUACGAGAGUAUUUUGGCAGGCCGGAGCUCUUCAAGCCCUCGCACGUGCACCAAGAUGUCAAGCUCGUUCUGGGCUACGUCGCUACGGCCGUCAUCGGUCUCGUGAGCGCGUACGCCUACAAGACUUCCUUUCAAGAAUCUCGUUUGUUCGUCUUGACAGGCACCGUCAUCUAUGCCAUCUUGUCAGGAGCCUCGACGCUGUACUCGAUGUACAUCCAAAAGGACACCAUCUUUACAGGCAAACGAAAGACGUUUGCUGGACGUAUCGAGACCGAAGACAUCAAGUUGGCGUCCAGCGUGCCUACGCACACGCCGACCUAUACGCUCUCGCUGACUUACGUUCACUCGUCCAACAAGGGCAAAGCGGUCAUCAGACAACAGUCGGCCACCUGGACAAAGUCUUUCGGCGCCUUCUUCCGCGAAGACGGCACACUGGCCAAGGACGUCUUCUCUGAGGAUCUGAGAAAGCUCUACAGUCAGGUUGUUGGCGACUCCAAGGAUUGGCCUAGAUCGUACUGCAAUGAGUCUCGAGCGAGUCAAAAGUACAAAAGGUCCCCAGGUAGAUCCAAGGGCGGCUUAGGUGACGAGCGUCGAAGCGGUAGCAGAGUCGUACUUCCAUGUGGGCGCAAGUUGCUGCUUCGUCUUGUAGUAUCUCGCCAGUCGGUGGAUACGGGACUCGACGAGGACAUGACGGAACUUGGAGUCCAUGUCCUUGCGGUUGCGGUCGAGGUGCUUGCGGAUCGACACUGCCUUUUUGAUCAAGUGAUGCAGAUCUUCAGGAAUCGUAGGUCCGAGUCCUGCAGCGUAGUGUCCAUUGUUAGCCUCUGUCAGCUCAAGCCGCGGGACAGCCUUGCCUUGAGAUUUGAGGAUACGGAGGAUCUUGUUGCCUGUGACGCUCUUGACUUGGGCGACACCGUGGCUGUCACGGAGGACGACACCGAUCUGAGAGGGCGUCAUGCCCUUUCUUGCCAUCUUGACGAUCUGAUCGACGACCUCAUCAGGCGUCACUCGCAGCCACUUGGGCGGACUGCGCUUGUAUGGCAAUGCAGAGCCAGCUGUGGAUCAUGCUCACUGUCAGCGUCCUCGCUCGUCCUGUCCAUCUCGUGUGCCUCCUCCCAGCCUCUCUUGUCGUGCAGAUCGUAUGGCGGGCGAGUCAAAGAGCAUGCCAGCACUUACAGAUACCCUUGUGCGGGUUAUGUAAACGACCCAUAUUGUGCUACAAGCCAUCAUCCAGUGAAGAUCAACUUUGCGAAUCCGGCGACAGGCCAGCAAAAGUUGAUCGACAUUGACGAUGAGCGUCGAGUUCGUGUGUUCUACGAAAAGCGCAUGGCCCAAGAGGUCGCCAUCGAUGCUCUCGGUGACGAAUUCAAGGGCUACGUCGUCAGGGUCACUGGCGGUAACGACAAGCAAGGUUUCCCGAUGAAGCAGGGUGUUCUGCAGCCUCACCGAGUCCGCCUCUUGCUCUCUGCCGGUCACUCUUGCUACCGUCCCCGCAGAAAGGGCGAACGUACUCGCAAGUCCGUCCGUGGAUGUAUCGUCGGAUCAGAUAUCGCUGCUCUCGCUGUCGUCAUCGUCAAACAAGGCGAACAAGACAUCCCAGGCCUGACCGAUACUGUCCUGCCCAAGCGUCUCGGUCCCAAGCGUGCCAACAAAAUCAGAAAGAUGUUCAACCUCACCAAGGAGGAUGAUGUCCGCAAGUUCGUCGUCCGUCGCGAGGUCCAGCCCAAGAAUGCCGAGAAGAAGCCCUACACCAAGGCGCCUAAGAUCCAGCGCCUUGUCACCCCCGAGCGCUUGCAGAGACGCCGCCACCUUCGCUCAUUGCGUCGCCGCAAGACUGAGGCUCAGAAGGAGCAGAUCUCCGAGUACAAGGAGGUCCUUGCCAAGCACGUCGCAGAGCGAAAGGCAGCCAACAAGGUGCAGAAGAAGAAGAGCAAAAAGGCGGCACCCGCUGCCGCCCCUGCUGCCGCCGCGACGACUGCAUGAGUCAGCUCGUGAUAGGCAGACGCGAUUGUACUCCUUGCUGCAUGCAUCUCGUUCAUGCGGAUUAUGACAACAAGCUC